AUGGCUCUGCGCGAGUUGGUCGAGGGCGAGUGCGGCGGCGCCAAUUCUUUGGUCCGUCUCACCUCGCACUUUGUCCAGGACCGGGCCCACAAGGAGGAUGGACUCAGGCACUUUCCCCCUCACCCUGAAGCCAUUUUCGGCGAGUCCAGUGCCGAUCAGUUUGUUCAAGAGUUCUUGGAGGAGAGUCUAGUUCAGCGAGGAAUCGAUGUGGUACCUCAAACCUUCCACGUCGACUCGCUGCUGCGGGAGAUGCGCGAAAUCGAGAGUGCCCAGCACAACUCUUUGCCGCCAAUCCCUGCUCCUGGAGUCGCACAAGCUCUUGCCGACGCUGAAACCGCUGGAUGGGCCGAACAGUUUUCGGACACUCACAAUAAUUUUAACGAGCUCAAAAUUGAAGAGAUUUGGAAUGAAGCCGGUUCUUCUCUGAAACCAAUCGCGACUGAGAAGAACGAACUGGGCUUUGGGCCAAGCUGGACUUUGGAAUAUCUGCAACCCGAUGAACAUGACAUAUCCACCGAGCUGGAAAAUGCAUGGCAGGAGGGAUCAGUAGAAGACCAGGAAAUCCGAGCUCAGGCGAAUGAACUUGUCACAGUCAUCGACAAUCAGCGCGUUCAAAACUCAAAGUUCAUGCAGUUUAUGCGUGACAUUGGCAACGGUGAAGUUGACAUUUUAGACGGAAAGUUGGACCAAGACUCCAAGGACACAGAGGCUGAGGCGGCUCACUCGUGGGUGAAGGAGUUUGCCGAAGGCCAGCGGCAGGCUGAUCUUGCCAACGGCAUCGUCAAAGAGGACGACCUCUGGGUCAACUUGCAGAAGGAAUGGGAAAAGUCCGCCAGAGACAGUGGCGACAUCACCAAUUGGUUCGAAGAGUUCAGUUCCUACUACGACCCCUUUAAGCAAUACAGCUUUGAAAAGGAAAACCCCCUACUCGACAAUGAGAACCCUCUGGACGAGGGUAAGAGGAGGCUCGCCGAAGGGGAUUUGCCAAGUGCCGUUUUGCUCUUUGAGGCAGCAGUGCAGAAAGACGAAAACUGCGCUGAAGCCUGGCAGCUCUUGGGAACAACGCAAGCUGAAAACGAGCAGGACCCCAUGGCUAUCCCUGCAUUGAAAAAGUGCCUUCAAUUAGAUCCAGGAAAUUUGUCCGCGCUGAUGGCUUUGGCUGUUUGCUACACAAACGAGAGUUAUCAAAAUCAAGCUUGUCACGCCCUCAAGGAUUGGUUAAAGGGUAAUCCUAAAUACAGUGACUUGGUUCCUCCUCACACGGAAGAGCAUCCCCAAAAGUAUGAAUAUAUUACCUCACUAAUGACCAACGAUGUCCACCAAGAAGUGCAUGACCUUUUCCUGGCAGCUGCGAACAGAAAUCCCAUUUCUGACAUUGAUCCAGACGUUCAGUGUGGUCUUGGAGUGCUCUUCAACUUGUCUAAUGAAUACGACAAGGCUGUGGAUUGUUUUCGAGCAGCUCUGGAAGCUCGGCCAGAGGACUCGAGAAUGUGGAACCGUCUUGGCGCAACUCUGGCAAAUGGUAAUCGGUCAGAGGAAGCAGUUGACGCGUACCACAGAGCCCUGGAACUGACGCCUGGCUUCAUCAGAGCUCGCUAUAACGUCGGAAUAACCUGUGUCAACCUAAACGCUUACAAGGAAGCUGCUGAGCACUUCAUUUCUGCGCUCAACAUUCAAGCUUCUGGCAAGGGAGUGCAAGGGAAGAGCUCGUGGAGGUCAAUGUCUGAGAGCAUUUGGUCCUCGUUAAGGCUAGUGGUUGGAUUAAUGGAGAGGAAAGACCUGUUUACUUUGGUGGAUAACAGGGACUUGGCGAAACUAAACGAGGUGUUCAAAAUGAACGAAGAACUGAAUUAGGUUAAGAAGUGUCUAAAACUAAUGUAACAAGAUGGUGUAAAUGAGUAUAGUCUUAGCACUUAAUCAUACUAUUCCAUUAGAUUUUAGUCAUUUUUUAUUCAAGUGGUUUGCUGUUGCGCGAGACACUGAUUUGAAACAAUUUGAAACUGACUAGAAAACUGCUUGUCAGUGGCUCAAGCUGCGGUGAACGGGUCCAUUUUGGUUGCCAUGCAAUCGGAUAUUUAUAUUAGUCAUUUGAAUCCUAUGGAAUCUAACAUUGAAACGAUACUACCAUUAACAAAGCACUAAAAUCAUUAUUUGUCAUUUUUGAAUGUAAGUCAUCUUUCAGUGACUAAAUUUGUUAUUUAAUUUCUUGUAUACAGGGUAAAUUUCUGUUCCAGUAUUUUUUAAAUCGAUUCAAAGGGAUUUUAAAUGUUUUUUGUGAGGUAAGACUGCUAGCAUUAAUUGAAUGUCUUUUAUAUACUUUGGGUUUAAAUCGUGGUGUGGUAACUUUAAAUGGGCAUUGUUUUUUAUUGCGAAAAAUGGUGUGAGUUCUGUGAGCGAGCGAGUUUCGUUUUUUUUUCAAUUUUAUCAUUAAUGCGUUUGUUGUUGUAAUGUAAAAUGGAAAUUUCAUAAAUCCAAAAACAUUAGUCUGUUGCAGGAGUAAAUUGUUCACUGUAAUUACUGUCAUUAAUAUACACAAGUAUAUCUAUCAAUGUUAAUUUUUUACCUUUGCCGCGACGACCUGGAUAUAAAAAUAUUUGGCCUCUAUUUAUAAGAUUUGGAAAUAAUGCAAAUUGACAGGCGCCCACUUUAUACAAAAAUGAAAGGUCGUCGCUAAACAUUGUAAUUGAAACAAACAACCAAAGACUUCAUUAACAACAAAAGAGAAUUUGAUUUGUCAUGUGACAAUUUUUUUUAAUCUAUGUCAUCAUCUGCCUGUCGAUGCAUCAAUUUGGAAAAUACAAAAUUCAAAAUUAA